UUAUUAAGUUUUGCACAUAUUGGAACCUGCCUUUUGUAGCUUGCAUGUGUCAGUCAUGUGCAAGAGUUUUAAAAACUUGCAGUCCUUGCUUGCCACUCUCUUCCGCCGCCGCUUUUAGAGGGAAUGCGUCCCGGCGGGUUUUCUGGAUCUCAGGAGCCAGCCAUCCUCUUGGCGGUGGGGCAUCAAGUGCCGCCGUCGUGCCCUGCACGCGCUCACGCAAACCGGGAGCGGCAACCAACAGAGUGCGCCUCAAUGGAUUAUCAGUCCCUGUCAAGGAGAGCUCCGCUCUUCCGCCGCCUGACUUCCAAAAAGAACCUCCCACUGCUGGCCGUAUGUAUUUAUACAUCUUGGGGAUGUGAGAUGCGAGGCUUACUGCGGCAAGCGACCCUCUCUCUCUUCGUUACGAUGCUGAGUGCAUAAGCUGCAAAGGAAUAAAAGAAAAGGACCUCUCUUGCAUCAGUAUUUACCAGGGCCAGCUCUGGCGCAAGCAAUGCCACUUCUUGAAGAAAACUCGCUGGCCAGGGACCUUCCACUGACCAUACCUGUUAUAGUUAUAGGCAAUGGCCCAUCAGGAAUAUGUUUAUCAUACCUGUUAUCUGGCUAUCGACCAUAUUUAAAUGACAGUGCAGUGCAUCCCAACUCCAUUCUGCUAAGUAAAUUGAAGGAACUGAAACAUCUUUCCAUUGCUGAUCAGGAUUUAGAAUACCUCAGUGAAGGCUUAGAAGGGAGAUCAUCUAACCCUGUGGCUGUGUUGUUUGAUACUUUGCUACACCCAAAUGCUGAUCUUGGCUACGAGUAUCCUUCUGUCAUUCAGUGGAGAAUGGAGAAUCAACAUCACAUCCCUCAUAUAGUGCUGGGAAAAGGAAGCCCUGGAGGAGCCUGGCAUGCCAUGGAGGGGUCAAUGCUAACAAUAAGCCUGGGUCUCUGGAUGGAACUCCCUGGCGUCAACUAUAGAGAUCUGUCAACGAAUAAACGAAGAAAUACAACAAAUGACAGAGCAACGCCAGAUGAAAUCGCAUCCUACUAUAAGAAUUACGUAAAGCUGAUGGGGCUUCAAAAGAACUUUGUAGACAAUACAUAUGUGACAUCUGUCAUGAAACUUCAUCGAAACAAGAAAGAAACCGAUAACUGUGAAGUGAGAACAGAAAUGACCAACAGCGACCAAGAACUGCCAGAGAAAGAAUGUGGCUCCUCUGCGUUGCCUCAGAGCAUUUGGGAAGUGAGAGGUUAUCAGAGAGUUUGCAAUGGCUCUCAUGUGCCCUUCUGUCUGUUUGCCGAGAAUGUGGUCCUUGCGACUGGUGCAUCCGAUUCUCCAGUCAAGUUGGAUGUGGAAGGGGAAGACUUGCCUUACGUAUUCCACUGCAUUUCAGAUUUAGGAAUGGCCAUGAGCAAGCAAAACCUGAGUCGGUCGUCUGACCCAGUGUUAAUUGUUGGGGCAGGACUUAGUGCUGCCGAUGCCAUUUUGUGCACUUACAACAACAACAUUUCCAUUAUUCAUGUCUUUCGCAAGCGGGUUGAUGACCCCAGCCUAAUCUUCAAGCAGCUUCCAAAAACACUUUAUCCAGAGUACCACAAGACCUAUCAUAUGAUGUGCACACAGUCCUAUUCUGCUGCGACUGGCUUAUAUCCCGACUACACAAGCUUCCCAGAACAUUGUGUGGUCUCAUUUAAACCAGACAAGAACUGCAUCCUAGAAAGUGCCAACAGCUUGAAGGUGUUUAAAAUCUCAAUAGCCUUGGUGCUAAUUGGCACCCACCCUAACCUGUUUUUCUUGAAAAAUCAAGGGCAGUACUUGGGCCUUAAUCCCAAAAAACCUAUCUCAUGUAGGCAAAAUCCUAUAGAUAUCCACCCCUAUACCUUUGAGUGUACAAAAGAAGAUAAUCUUUUUGCUAUGGGGCCUCUCAUUGGAGAUAAUUUUGUACGGUUCCUCAAAGGAGGCGCGCUGGGCAUCUCCAGCUGCUUGGCAAAGAGGCACAAAAAGAAAGGGAAACUAAUUGUUAAUGAAGGCGGAGGAGAAAGCCCUGGUUCCAAGUGAGGCAUGCUGAGAGCUCUGGGAAAACUGAAAAAGCACACAACUACAGAACGUUACGACCAAGUGUCAGCGGUCACACUUGCACUACCUGAGUCUGUUCUCAUUUUUAUCUGCUAGCAUUUAAAUAUGCAGCUUCUUUAAAAUGGCUGGAAACUUAUAGGUUCUCAACACUAAACAAUUUUAACAUAUUAUGUGAAAACAGCAGUUCAAAAAUAAAUAUACUUGACCUUAUAUAAACAAGUGCUAAAUUUUAGUUUUGUACCUCAGUUUUAACACUUUAAAAUGUAUUCAUAAUUUACAAAACUAAUUUACAGUUUCAUAUUAAGCAAAAGUACCACAUCAUGGUGUCCCAGAAUACCAAAGGAUCCUAAUGGAAACCUUGGCUAUCAAAUAGAGCUUGGUGUCAUCAGCGCUGAAUGAAACUUACUACAGCACGUCUCUCCUGAUGGCAGGUCGUGUUGUAAACUGUGUGCUGAGCUUUUUCAGGUAAGGAGGUCAGACAUUUUGAGGUAAGCUAGUUCUGCUUACUAAUCAUGGUGCUGUUGGAUGAUGACAUGUUGCAUGAUGAAUAGCACAUGCAAUUAAGAAUUUCACUGUUCUCGUAAAUGUGAUGAUAAUGACUCUAUAUGCCCAUGAGCCUCUUCGUCACCAGCGAUCAAGUCUUAACCAAUAUGUGAAAAAGGCUUCGCUGCAUGACAUGCUGCUGGCUAAGUCCUCUGGUGGCGCCUGGGCAGUCUUGGCUCCUCUCUGUGCACUGCAGGCGUUACUGAAGCUAGCUGAGGAGGGGAAAGCUACACUUUAACUAGGUGAUAUUUGAAAUAACAAGGCACAGUCACAGAGAAAUCAACAUCACAUAUUUUUCAUUAUAUGGAAUUAACUUGUCCAUUUAUUGCAUGAUGCCCUCUGUAGUCUUUCUAUCAGUAUGCUAAUGUCAACCUCAUUUUACUUGUACGUUUAGUCUUUAUUUUUUAUGAUUUUUACACUUUAUAUUAGUGGAACACUGCAUUGUGUUAGUUUUGUUCCUGCUUUCUUGUAAAUCUUGUCCCAACACAACAUAUUCUUCCAAAAAAACAGUGAGUAGUAGUAUACUGGUAGGCAUGAAGAGAAGCUGAUAACACAGGAGAACACUGUUACAUCAACUUCAGGUUCAAACAAAUCUCAGUGUGUACCAAUUCAUGCAUUUCAAGAUCAAUUCUGUUUAUAUGAUCGUUUGAUUUGGUACAACUAGAGAAGCGCUGAAGUGGUCGCUGGAUGGAAUUUCUAAACAAAGACGUGCAGCUUAAGUUUAAUGAAGAACUGGACCAAGAGUCUGUAUAAAACUGGGAAGGUGCAUUGGAAACCCUCCAACAUUGUGUGAUCGACCAGCCCGGAAUCAAUGGAGCAUUCAGUCUGCCGCUAAAGUGUAGCAAAAGUGGAUUAUCUCUGUACACUGUGCUAAUUAAAAAGAAAAUAACAGAUGCAUAAAUUCCAUUACAACACAGCAUUCCUUUACCAUUAUGCACAAACACCUGUGUACCAAUAGUUUAUUUAGUUUAAAAUGAUUCAUGAAAAAGUGCUUAUUUAAGAAAAACAGUCGCUUUUUCCUGCUUUUCCCUUAGAUGGUUAUGCACUUUAUGUAUGCUUUUCUUUAUGAACUUGUGACCUGUGAAUUUUUUAACACCACAAUCCAAGAUAAUCUGACUGUUUAUGCUGUGAAUAUUCAAAAUAGAAAUAAGCAAAUUAACCACAAAUGAAGACAUAAUACACUGUCCUUAUACUUGGAGCAGAAACAGAACAUGUCUUAUAAGAUGCGUUGAGACGAGGGACAGGGCAUUUGAAGCCCUCAAGUGGGGGUCCUGCUGCAAUGCAUUCAUGUGCGGAUUUGGCUGGGGGGGUCUGCUAUUCUCAGGAAUUCAGGACUGCACACUUACUAGGGAGUUAACCAGUUGCCAAAUUUUAAAUUACCUAAAAACUGUUAUGUAGGUUCAUUCUACAUGUGCCAAAAAUUUUAUUUUUUAAUAUCAAAACAGCAUCAAAGUAUUCAGAGUUGAUAUGUACUGCACUUGCAUUGUAUUUUAAUCUCCUGAAUUUUGUACCUUGCUAGGACUUUACAAAGCCACUAAAUAUAUAUAGAAUAUGUGAAUGUCCAUUAUUAACUAAGAUGAUGGGAUGGAUUUUUUUUAUUGUUAAACAAGAUGUAUACUUACAUUGAAAAGCUGUAAUAACAGUGUUCAAGCUGUCAGCCUGAUCUCAUUGAUCCCAGGUUACGGAGGGAGUGCUUCUGUGAGAGUCAGACUGGUGUUUUGAGCUGAAGUGGGGGUCAGCCAUGACACUCAGGCAAACCCACAUUUUCAGCUGUCUGCAUUAUACAAUGUUGGCCAGCAGGCUACUUUAUUCUAAGGCAUCACAAUUGUUCUUCUGUAAGCAAAAAUGCUGCAUAACUUUAGCCAAUAAAUGCUUAGUCAGUUUCAGAUCAUUAAUUGUAUUACCGUAUUUUAUAUUGCUUCUUAACAGAUCAGCAGAUUUUACUUAAGUAAACCUUACAGCCAUGUCAAUUCUUUAAAUUCAUUUUGACAGUCAGCUAAAUGUG